AUGUACAUAUUAUCGGCGAUCCAGGAACAAAAACUUAAAGCAGCUGUAAGACUUUUUCCUUCAUUUGAAGAACAGGGUUUAGGAAAGACCAGCUUCGUAGAGCACGUUAUUGAUGUAGGUUCGGCAAAACCAAUUAAGCAGCGGCAUUACCCAAUCUCUCCAGCUAUUGAGAAACUUAUGGGACAGGAAAUUGAUCGAAUGUUGGCUAUGGGAGUAAUUGAGGAGUUACAAUGGACUAUAUUGUCAUCGCCGGUGGUGCUAGUAAAUGGUGAAGGAUAUUUAUCCAUUGCCGCACAUUCAGGGAAUAUUGAGCAGGCUUCCUCGCGCAGAAUUUAUUUCCAGCCUGGACUUAAAAGAUGCUUCUGGCGAAUUCCGCUGGAGGAGGGUUCUCGCGAUAAAACGGCUUUUACGGUACCAAACCGACCCUUGUAUCAGUUUAAA